CCCACAGCCACGCAGCUGGCUCCCUCUGGCUGCUGUGUUGACAAGAGACGGUAGGGGCAAGGGCAGGAGCUGGGAGACCCAGAGGAGGCGCCUGCACUAGUCUAGGUUCUCGGGCGCAUCCUCCGCUCGCCGCUCAUGCCGCUGGGACUGGGGCGGCGGAAAAAGGCGCCGCCUCUGGUGGAGAAUGAGGAAGCCGAGCCCGGCCGUGGCGGCCUGGGCGUGGGGGAGCCGGGGCCCCUGGGCGGAGGCGGGGCACGGGGGCCCCACAUGGGCUUGCCGCCCCCGCCCGCGGCCCUGCGGCCCCGCCUCGUGUUCCACACGCAGCUGGCCCACGGCAGUCCCACCGGCCGCAUCGAGGGCUUCAGCAACGUCAAGGAGCUCUACGGCAAGAUCGCCGAGGCCUUCCGGCUGCCGGCCGCCGAGGUGAUGUUCUGCACCCUCAACACCCACAAAGUGGACAUGGACAAGCUCCUGGGGGGCCAGAUCGGGCUGGAGGACUUCAUCUUCGCCCACGUGAAGGGGCAGCGCAAGGAGGUGGAGGUGUUCAAGUCGGAGGAGGCGCUGGGGCUCACCAUCACGGACAACGGGGCCGGCUACGCCUUCAUCAAGCGCAUUAAGGAGGGCAGCGUGAUUGACCACAUCCAGCUCAUCAGCGUGGGCGACAUGAUCGAGGCCAUCAACGGGCAGAGCCUGUUGGGCUGCCGGCACUACGAGGUGGCCCGGCUCCUCAAGGAGCUGCCCCGGGGCCGCACCUUCACGCUGAAGCUCACGGAGCCCCGCAAGGCCUUUGACAUGAUCAGCGCCCGCUCCGGGGGUGGCCGCCCUGGCGCCGGCCCCCAGCUGGGCACUGGCCGAGGGACCCUCCGGCUCCGGUCCCGGGGCCCUGCCACUGUAGAGGAUCUGCCUUCAGCCUUUGAGGAGAAGGCGAUAGAGAAGGUAGAUGAUCUGCUGGAGAGUUACAUGGGCAUCAGAGACACGGAGUUGGCGGCUACAAUGGUAGAGCUUGGAAAGGACAAAAGGAACCCGGACGAGCUGGCUGAGGCCCUGGACGAACGGCUUGGGGACUUCGCCUUUCCUGACGAGUUCGUCUUUGACGUCUGGGGGGCCAUUGGGGAUGCCAAGGUCGGCCGCUACUAGGCCUCCCACGGACCUCACGAUGACCUGGGCCCGGCCUGGUGGGAGCCCCCAGGGGGACACCACAGCAGCUGUCUUGGGCCUGGCUCAGCAGCCGGAGGACGGUGCGGAGUGGAGGUGGGGCCGGGCCCCUGCCCCACUCCAAUCGGUACCACCCCCUCCCCGGUCCCCAGCCCCCCUGCUCUGUUCCCCACCUACCUCAGCUGGGUCAGGCUCGGGGAGGGACCGGCCAGAUUGGGCGGCCGCCCCCGCCCCCAACACUUUCCGCAUCGGCUGCCAAACUGGUCCCUCUGUCUCCCUGGGGCCUCGGGUUCUGUUUGGGGGUUGUGACCUCCCUAGUUUCCUGAUGCAGGGAAUGCAGAAGGGGGGUGUCCCCCUCAACAAAUGCAAUAAUACCCUCCCCGCCGAGAGGAGCCCCCCGCCGUGGAGUCUGUUAGCUCCACGUUUGGAACACGAGUCCGCUGUGAACAGCCCGACCUCCCCGCACCUUGGCUCCCUCAGCCCGGCCCGGCGGGACGGGGCGGGAGGGACGAUGGCGGUGGGCUUUUGUAUCUGAAUUUCUUGUCUGGAACAUAAAGAAUCUCUCUGCUCUUGGA